GUCAUAAUUCCUACCUAAUGGGGGAGCCCAGAGAAGGAGCUUCGUUGGGACCAGCUAGGGCACCCCUGGACCCUCGCGCAGACCUUGUUGAAACUGAGGAGUCGGAUCCGGUUGCCGAAGUUACCGCAUCAUCAUCAUUGGAAUCGAAAGAAGAGAAGGUUGAACAAGGCAACACAAGGAAAAAAAUAAGGCGGUCGACCAACGCAGACAUGACGAAAUACCAGCGGUGCUCAAGGCCAGGUGUUGUUGGUCUCAAAGCGGACAAGGCCAAGAGGAUCAUCAGGAAAGGCAAGCCGGACCUCUUUUGUUCAGUUGUUCUAGAGAACCAGUUUCUGACCAUGGCCUACUGCACGAAUCGUGUUAGGCUCAUAGUGGACAGAUCCAACCGUGUGGUGUGAACUCCCCGUGUUGGCUAGCUAACAUCAAGUGAACAACAAAGUAAAAGAAAAGGA